AUGCCAAAAAAUAAUGUAAUCUUUAACGUAGGAGGAACCAAAUUUGAAAUAUCAGAAGAUUUAGUAAAGAAAUAUCCAAAUAAUGAAUUAUAUUCCCUCUUUUUAUCAGCAUCAUCAAAAAAUGAAAUAUUUAUUGAUCAUAAUCCUUUAGCAUUUAGCGUAAUUCUAGACUACCUUCGUUAUGGUAAAUUGUUAGUACCAGGAAAUGUUGCCAAAGAAGUUAUUGAAUUACAAUUGAAAGAAUUUCGUAUACCUUAUGAUAAUAUAGUUGAAGAUGAUAAUGAAGAAGAUAAUUUACCUAGUUAUGAAUCUAUUAUUGGCGAAUUCUCUGCUCCUUAUAAAGAUUAUAAAAAUUCUUUAAAAGAUACUGUUAUUAAUAACGCUAUAAAAAGAUUGGAUACUUUGAUUCAAGAUGUCAUUCUUCCUUAUUUGAAACGCCAUGCUAAACGUGGACAUCAACAAGUAACAUUUUACUUGACACCAAACGUAGUUACAUCUAAGAAUAUUACAACAGAACUUGAACAUUUGACGGAUCCACAUGAAUGGAUUUAUCUUCCUUAUUCUUCACAAUCUCAUUCGAAUCGUUCUUUUAAUUCAUCUUUCUCUUACUCAACAUCUAGUUCGAAAUUUUUUAAUUCUGAUAAGAAAGAAGAAGUUAAUGAUAAUGAAGAAGAUUUACCUGAUAUUCAAUUUUUGUUACAAAGUAAUAAUCUAAAGAAAUUACAAGAUUUCAUUCUUGCAAAAUCUGGUGUCAAAAAAGUUGUAGCUAAACAAGUUGAAGUUUCUUGUAGAACUGAAAAUGAAUUUGGUUUAUUUUUUACUAAAUCUUUUGAAAUAAUUCAAAUUGAUGUUAUCAUUGUUUAA